AUGUCAUAUUAAUAUAUUCUAAUAAGACAAAUGUGCAAUUUCGUUUUUAUUUUGCGAGAAAGUAAAUACCAUUUAGUGGAAUAUUCAUUUUUGAAGUUUACUACUACAAAUAUUGGGUAAGAUAAAAAGAUAUUACCAUUGCAUAUAAGAUUUUCACCUACUUUGUUUUAUGUUAAUCUACUAAAGGUAAAUUCAUUUUGGAUUUGUUUUGUUUUAUUUGAAACUCUGUUUGACUUAAUAGGAACACAAUAUUCUAACUUUUAUAAGCAAAGAUAUAGAUGA